AUGGAAAAAUCAAAAUCGCAUAAAAAACUUCGUCUACUCCCAAAACUUUCUCCACGUGCAACAUUAAUGAGUUUCGGCAAUUUUCGGACCUUCGACAACACUUCCAAGACUUCACUUUCAUCACCCAUAAAAAUGCAGACUCGCACAUUCCAAUCCACAUUUCCUCCAAUUUCUCUGCGAGAUGAACUUGAAAGUGGUGAAGUUUCUCGACGCCUAUUUUUGAAAUCUAGAGAAAAGGCCGAAUCGGGCAGCAUGCAAACUUAUGCAGGUGCUAUUGGACCUGUAGCUCGUCUUGAAUAUUUUGAUUCUUUUAAAAACCUGCCAAAAGUAUCACAGAGAAACAAGUUUGAGAAGCUCGAAGACUCUCCAAAUGUGGCGUAUUUGCAGAGACUUGAACAAAAUCAACUACAGCCGAAGCCGUUUGGAAUGGUCAGGAGAAGCGGCCCUGAAAAUAACUUGGAUAUUCACUGUUACAGCAUGGGAGAUUUGUACGCUGAAGCCUUUUCUGAAGGAUUAGAGCACGUCAAAGGACUAGAAAAAAUCAAUUUAAAUGGAAAUAGGCUAACUGAAAGAGGCAGUUUUAGUAUUUUAUCAAAACUGCCGUCGCACAAAAUCAGAGCAAUUUCAUUAGCUGACAAUAAAAUCGGACAAAAAUCUGUUGCAAAAAUUAUAGACAUGCUAUCAGGAUUCAAUUCAACACUCAGACACUUAAAUUUGGAAAACACUUCUAUUUCUGACGCAGCAGUUUCUGAGCUGUGCCAGAUACUUGCUGAUAAUAAAACACUAUCAAGGCUUAACUUAGCAAGAAACAACCUAACCGACAACUCUGCUGCAGCACUUCAUGACUUAUUAUACCACACUCAGUCGUUAAAAAGGCUAGAUUUGCAUUGGAAUAAAAUAAGAGGAGAUGGCGCUUUACUUCUUUUCCAAGGUCUAGCAGAAAACGAUGUGCUAAAAGUGUUGGAUUUAUCAUGAAAUGCAAUGGGGAGGAACAACUCUUUAGAAGUUGCAACAACUAUCGGGCAAGCUUUGAAAAACCAUAAGACUUUAUACCACUUGGAUUUCUCGUAUAAUUAUUUCAAUUCUGAAGAAUGCAAAGUUAUCGGGGAAUUCCUCAAUGAAAAUCAUGUAAUCCUUGGAAUUCACAUGGCUGGAAAUGAGUGCUCUUUAAGCGCUAAAGGCUUUAUUAAGCCUCAAAUGGCAGGAGAAAGGCUAGAGCAAGGACAUUUUUUUAGGAGAAUCAUUGAGCCAUCACGAAAUUAUUCAUAUAAAGAGUCGAUCAAUUGCUGGGUGUGUGAAGAUUGGGUAGAAAUCGACUUUUAUUGGAAGCCAAAGAUAUCAGGAAAUGCUGACUCUGAGCCAAUUUUUUUGCAUUUGGAAUGCGAUAACUAUGCAGCUGACCUUAUGUCUGAGAAUCAUGACGGAACAUAUAAGCUUACCCGAGCUGUCCCUCCAGGACUAGUUAAGUUUUUUUUUAGUCACUAUGGAAAUCCAAUGAAAUCUUUGGAACAUAAAAUCAUCCAAUUGGAAACUCCAAUUCAAAGGCAAAUUCAAUUUUGGCCUGGCUUCAUAGAAACCAUAAAAAUGCAUAGCAUUAAUGUCCUUCAACCAAAUGGUCCAGUCUGUUGUAAAAAUAUUAACUUUGAUGUAAAGCCUAGAAUUCCGGGCCUUGUUUAUAUCCCUCCUGAACAAGAGCUUGAAAGAAUUCCAUGGAGUAUCCCUAUUUCCCUAUUUAGAGACUACAAAUUUGACGAUGAAAAUCUGCUAAAUGAGUGUUUCGAAUUCGAUUGGAAGCACUCUCGUCUUAUGAAUUUUAUAAAAAACCAGGCUGACCAGGACAGAGUCAAGGAAAUUUUAAAGGCAAACUAUAAGCACAUAAGAGAAACCUACAAGUAUUUAGCCGCUUUCAGCGGGUCAGAAAUCUUUUCUAUUGGAUCUAACGUUUUAACCGAUUUUUUGAAUCAGUGCCAAAUUAUAGACUCCAAUUAUGCUGUAAGUGACCUCGGAGUUAAUUGGAACUCUUGCAUUGUGCCUAAAGAAAAGGGGCAACUUUAUAACCCAGGAAGUGCAUUAGUUAGAUAUGAGUUUAUGGAAAUCCUGGUGAGAAUUGCUAAUGAUAGAUAUAUAAGGAAUAAAAUCUGCACAACGGUUGCAGAAUCUAUACAAAAACUUCUGGACGAACACUUAUUGACAGUUAUGAGAAAUAAUGACACAAAUAAGUGGAGGUUUGAUAAAUACGUCUGUGAAGAAGUAGAUUUAGUACUAAAAGCUCACAAGCCGAUUCUUGACGCACUAUAUAGAAAAUACAGUGGAAAGAAGACUCUACCAGGAAUGAAAGCGUUUAUGAGUUUGGAAGAGUUCAGACAACUUUGCAGUGAGGCUGGUCUAAUUAAUGAUAAUUUUGCAGCUCGUGAAAUUGACUUGUGCUUUACUCAAGCGAUGAUGACGCAGGUGGAUGAACUCUACAAAAAGCGACAUAUUGAGAUGUCGUUUGUAGAAUUCUUACCAUUCCCAUAUUAGAAUCAAAUAAGAUUCAAAAAUUUUUAGGAAAUAAAAUUCAAAAAUUAUUAUGAAUUAAUUUUUUUACCAUAUCUCCAGAAAAGAGCAAAUUCAUAUUUCUAAUAGAAUGAAUAGAAUAAAAAUUUUUAUAAAUAAAGGAGUUAGAAGCUCUUUCAAGAGGAUGUGAUAUGGCCGACUUGAAUCCUAACGCCAUGCUCAGUGAACAGGAAGAAAUCCAGCAACUUUUCAAGACUAACAACCUAAAUACCAGUUUACGGUCCAAACUUGAAUCAGCUUUUCCAAAUCUCGUCAAGAUUUGUCCUCAGCUGGUUCAAGACAGUUUUGUGUUUCCUACCUCGGAAACGUAUAAAAUUAUGAUGUACAAGGCAAAAAGCGACAACUUCCCCACGUCGCCAAGAAGUUAUUUAGACUAA